GUGAACCACCAGGGGGCGCAGAGCCUCCGGUGUUCCAGUCUCUCCGCCCAGCGGUCGAGUGGAGGCAGAGAGCAGCAGGUCGAGGACGAUGCCGUCGUCAGCCCACAGGGGCUCUCCGUUGGGCUUGAGUCAUCGGCCAGCAGCGCUCUGGUGGCCGAUGAUGGUGUAAAAUGCAGCGGGCCACACUGGCAGCGCGGGUCGGCCUAGCUGAGCGCGGCUGCUCGCCUCUGCCUUAGUACUUUCCCCCCUCUUCAUCGCGGCGGUAUUGUUUCCAGGUCAAGAGCCCAGUUUCCUGAGCGGCUUGUUUGGACUAAAGAUGGCCGGAGAUGGCGGCGCUCUGAAGGAUAUCAAUGAGAUUAAAUCGCAGUUCCGGACCAGAGAGGGUUUCUACAAACUGCUCACCCUCUCCGACUCGCAGCAGCGGGGCGGGCUGUCGCGGGGUCCCUCCGCCGGGGCUACGCUGGGACCCGCGGUUGGAACCGGCCCGAUACCCGGUGGAGGGGUCGGGCUGCUUCAGGGGCCCGGAGCCGCCGCCGCCGCCUCCUCUUCGAAUUCUGCGGCCAACUCGUCUCCCGUGGGCUUCCUGCCACCGGUGCGGGUCUCCAUGGUCAAGUUACAGCCAGAAGACCCGAGCGAGGAGUCGGAGCGGGUGUGCUUUAACAUCGGCAGGGAGCUUUAUUUCUACACGUACACCAACAUUAAGAAGGCUGUGGACCUGAGCAAGCCCAUCGACAAAAGGAUCUACAAAGGCACUCAGCCCACGUGUCACGACUUCAACCAGCACUCCGCAUCGGCCGAGAGCGUGGCUCUCAUCGUGGGCUUCUCAGCCGGGCAGGUCCAGUAUCUGGACCCCAUCAAGAAGGAGACCAGUAAACUCUUCAACGAGGAGAGGUUGAUAGACAAAUCCAAAGUGACGUGUCUAAAAUGGCUGCCUAAAUCGGAGAACCUGUUCCUGGCGUCGCACGCCAGCGGUCACCUCUACCUCUACAAUGUGGAUCACCCGUGCGGCACCACGGCGCCGCAGUACUCAUUGCUCCGUCAGGGUGAGGGCUUCGCCGUCUACGCCUGCAAGACCAAGACGCCGCGCAAUCCGCUCCUGCGCUGGGCGGUGGGCGAGGGAGGCCUCAACGAGUUCGCCUUCUCGCCGGACGGCGUCCACGUGGCGUGCGUGGGCCAGGACGGCUGCCUGCGCGUCUUCCACUUCGACUCCAUGGAGCUGCAGGGCGUCAUGAAGAGCUACUUCGGCGGCCUGCUGUGCGUGUCGUGGAGUCCCGACGGGAAGUACCUGGCCACGGGCGGCGAGGACGACCUUGUGACGGUGUGGUCAUUUGCGGAAAGCCGCGUGGUGGCCCGGGGUCACGGCCACAAGUCCUGGGUUAACGUAGUGGCCUUUGACCCCUUCACCACCUCGCUGGAGGAUGAGGAGCCAAUGGAGCUGAGUGGCAGUGAGGAGGACCUCCACCAGGGGGUGCAAAACAACUCCAUGCACUUUGGGCGGGUGCGAACAAGCAGCACUUUGUCACGUCUUUCCCGCCAUAGCUCCAAAGGUGGGGGCUCGGCGGCGGUCACCUACAGGUUCGGUUCUGUGGGUCAGGACACGCAGUUCUGUCUGUGGGACCUGACAGAUGACGUGCUCUACCCCCGCCUCCCGCUGUCCAGGGCCUUCACAAACACUUUUGGACCCUCGCUGCCCAACUCCAACAGUGGUGGGGUGAACAGCACGUCAGGUGGUGGGGGGAGUGGCGGCGUGGAGGGCCACCACCACCCCCCCAACGCCACCAUCAGCACCUCGAACCCGCCCACCUUGCCUUUGCCCCUGCCCCGCUCCUUGUCACGCUCCAACUCGCUGCCCCACCCUGCGGUCGCCAACGUCUCCAAGGGCCAGGGUGCCUCGGAGAGCAGCGGCGGUGGAGGCGGGGGCGGAGUCGUCAGCGGCGGAGCGAACAGCACGCCGUUCAGCAUCGGCCGCUUCGCCACGCUCUCCCUGCAGGAGCGCAAGUCGGACAAGUCCGGCGGCGGUGGCGUGGAGAAGGAGCACAAGCGCUACCACAGCCUGGGCAACAUCAGCAAGAGCAACGACAAAAUCAACAUGGCGCCCAGGGGAAGCCGCCUGGACGCCGCCAAGGUGCUGGGAACCACGCUGUGCCCGCGCAUGCACGAGGUGCCGCUGCUGGAACCGCUGGUGUGCAAGAAGAUCGCCCACGAGCGCCUCACCGUGCUCGUCUUCAUGGACGAUUGCAUCAUCACGGCGUGCCAGGAGGGCCUCAUCUGCACGUGGGCGCGGCCCGGGAAGGCGAACUUGACCGCGCACAACGGCAACUCUCCGAGUGGCACAGUGGUAUAGCUGCACCUUCGUCCCGCCUCCUUCUCGAUAAGCCCCUCCCACCUGGAGCACCUGACCUUUGCAGUGUUAUUUACCCUCAUGAAGCCACGGCCGCUGUAUUUAUAGUUAUUUAUUUUGCCACCAGACGGAGUAGUAAUUUAUACUGUAAAUAGUAGAAGGAAGGAAGUGGACAUGUACAUAGCAACACACCGAAUGUCCUUCAGGCAACGUACGGCAGCGUUUUUUUUUUAGUUCUGAUGGACGCUCAGGCCAAAUCAUGUGACCAGCCUGGGUGCGUGUGCGCACACACACACACACACACACACAGUCGCUAGCGGUGUAGCAUGGUGUGUAUAUCACACUCAUUCGUGUUGCACCUGAAUUGCCUCUUGCAAUAAUUUGCACACAAGCGAUCCACGGUCCAUCCAGUCGCCGCCGCAUGCCGCCAUUAGGUGGUCACCAUGACUUCACUCAACACGAAGUUGCUGGAGCUUGAUGGGAAUUUGGCCUAAAAAAAGAAAAAUGACACAUGUUGAAAGAUGAAACUGCUUUUCAUUUCAGCCUGUGGUGAUGAUUUUUUUUUUUUUUUGCUUUCUAAUAAAGACAAGCCAAGUGUCA